AUGCAAUCCAUUUUAUGUCAACGAUGCAAAAAUCCACUUCGCAUCGAUGAUUCACUGACCGAUCUUGACAGCACAUCAGCGGACUUGUUGAUCGCUCCCCUUUUGGCUGAGGAGCAUUAUAAGCAGCAAGUGAAAUCGUCCCUUCUGCCAUCCGCCGCUCCAUCCUCCAGUCAACCUGUUUCUCGCCGAAUUAUUGGCAACAACAAAUUGCCGUUUAAUGCUCCCUUGCCGGGCACCGUCGUCGGCUCUCACAGCAAUCAAAGGAAACAGCGAGAAAGCUACCCUGCACCGUCAGAAUCGUUUGUCGUACUGUCACGAUCCCAAGUAGGCCCUGCAGCGCCCAUGGCGGCGGCAGGGACGUCUUCGUCGUCCGGCAGUCCUGCCAAUGGAGGCGAUACAACCAACGUAUCGAGAACUCCGAUUAACCAAGGCUAUUCUGGGGCCACGAUUUCCGGUCUGGAUCAUCACGGGACACGUAACAACAGUCUAUCGCAUCGCCUAAAGGUAGCGAACCGUUUAUUUGAUGUCAUGUCGUCCAAAUCAAGCGUGGAUCAUCCCAUGUGCCAAGAGUGCACCGAUAUGCUACUGGAAGCCCUCGAGAAACAACUGGAUAAUGUUGGUCGCGAACGCGAUUGCUAUAUCGAUUUCCUGAAAAAAAUCAAAGACAGUCAAGUGAGUGAGGAGGAAGAAAUAUCACUGCGCAAACAAGUUGAAGAGUUGAAACUUCAAGAAGAUGAAGCGUACAAAGAAUUGGCGAAAACGGAAGAGGAGCGAAAAGCACUGGCACUCGAAUUGGCGCAAUUGGAGAAGGAAAUGGAGGCUUUGGAUAAGGAGCAGGAGCACUUUUGGGAUAAAACCAACGAGUAUCAGAUUACCUUGCAGACGUUCCAGAACGAGCGUGAUUCCAUCAAUCUAAAGUAUGAUCAGGACGUCAAACAAUACGAAUGGUUGCAAAAGACGGUGGUUUACAACGAUGCCUUUUGCAUUUCUCAUGACGGUCCUUUUGGCACUAUCAAUGGAUUCCGUCUUGGCAGGCUCAGUUCUCAACCCGUGGAGUGGAGCGAAAUCAACGCUGCAUGGGGUCAGACCCUGUUACUCUUGUACACUGUAGCCAACAAACUGAAAUUUCAGUUCAAAACAUAUCGACUUGUUCCGAUGGGAUCGUUUUCAAGGAUAGAGAAAGUGGAAGGCGACAGCGUACUGUCCUAUGAAUUAUAUGGAUCAGGCGAUUUUGGGCUUAAUCGUAUGUUUCUCAAUCGACGCUUUGACCAUGCCAUGGUUGCCAUGCUGAAUUGUUUGAAGCAACUGACGGAUUUUGCGGAAGAGCGGGAUCGAAGUUUGCAUCUGCCUUAUCGUAUCAAGAAGGACAAAAUUGGCGAGUUAUCGAUCCGACUGCAGUUCAAUCAAGACGAAUUGUGGACUAAAGCGCUGAAAUACAUGCUCACCAACAUGAAAUGGAUCCUGGUCUUCGCCAGUCGAGCCAACACCGCCGUCGAACCCACUAACCAUGACAUACCCCCUUCACCCUAA